AUGGAUCAUCCCACCUUUUGCCCGCCUUUGUUCAGGCAAUUCCAAGAGACUACCGUACAGCAUGGCCAACCCACCGUGGGUGGCGCUCAGCUUUUAGAUCUGCAGCUUCGAGCCGAUGUGGGAGACCAGAUGGUACGCUAUCUCUACAACCUGGCCACUGAGAUGGGUGUUGGCGUUGAUCUUGGCAACCCUAUUCCAGCGUUGGCAACAUCAUGGCAGCAAGACAGACAACAGAAUGUUUUGCUCGCCACUCAACUCCAAGGCGUAGAACAGAGAUUAAGAGACCAAACUGAGGAGCUUCUGACCGCAAAACAACGCGUCAAAGACUUAGAGGUACUCCUUGAGACGGUGCUCCAACGUGGGACUGAACCACGAUUCUCUGCCUCCUUGGAUCAUCAGUUUCCCGACGCUGACAGGAUUUCUACAACAGAGGGAGAUGACCUUCCAUCAUCCGUCUCCCUUGCAUCACCGGAGGAGAGCUUCUCGGUCUCCCUACCAUCUCUAGAGACCACCCCUGCUUCCCUCCCAUCACUGGAGAGCUCAGAGGUCUUCCUUCCAUCUCUGGAGAAUAUGCCAGUCUCCCUCCCAUCUCUGAAGACCACCCCAGUCUCCCUCCCUUCUGGUCUGGAGAGCUCCCCAGAGAUGACUGCACUUUCCGCACAGACAGAUGGCAGUUCUCCCCAAACAGCUGGAGACCCUGCCUCAGUGCCUCGGGAUGAAGAGUAUCAGCCCAGCGAUGCUGUACUGCUUCUAAAAUUUCAGUCCGUCCCAACACCUCCAGGAUCAGCCACAGCAAACCAACAGAACCAGGAGUCGCAAGGGGAACCUUCUCUCCAGGAAUUCCUUGGUCAGGAUCGGACCUACAUCUUUCCGCCGAUCGAGUCAGCACGACCAAGUCCUGAAGGAGAUUUCAGAUCAGCUUCUCCUUCAUCUCAGGAGAGUUCCCUAAGGCAUAUCCACCCAGAACUUGACAUCACUGGAAGCGAAUCUGAUGGAUCAAGUGAAGAGGAAUCUUCUUCGAUGACUGCAUCUUCAUCUAACCUCAACUCAGCUAGCUCUUCAACAUCAUCUUCUAGAGCUCAAGUUUGGACCAGUGCUGAUGCGUUCUCCAGCAUCCACAAGGCAAUGCGGUCUGUCACCCCACCAAGAUGUAACAACGUGGUGAGAGAGCUGAAAGACCUUGCUUUGUGGUCAACAUCAAGCACAGCCAGGACCAUAGAGCUUGGAAGAGGUUCAAACGGUGCAGUUUACCUCUUCAGGCAUGCGACGACAAAAGACCCCAUCGCCCUGAAGAACUUCCCUCUGUCCAGAGACCCUGCGCACCGUCAACGCCAGCUGUACUUCAUGAGCGAAGAAGCAGGCAUCCAAAAAGACCUAAGUGCAUUCCGUCACUUUCCCCGGUACUACGGGUAUGCCACAUUGGAUUGCCAUUCUCUUGCUCUGGCUAUGGAGUUUGUAGGUGAUGCCAAACAGGGGAAGAGCAUCACCCUGGCUGACUCCCUGGAUGGAAGACCUUCCGGAUGGAAGCCGCAGGAGAAGUUUUCUAUCGCCCUGGACAUCGUUGAGGGAAUCAACAUCAUGCAUCGUCGAGGAUUCCUCAUCAACGACCUGAAGUGCAACAACAUACUGCUGAACAUGGAGGAAGGCAGACUGAGGGCCAAAGUGAUUGACUUUGGUCAUGCAACGAGACGAGCUUGCCCUUCCCAUGUGUACCGUCUCAACCAAGACGACAAGAGACGAUAUCGCACCGAAGGGCUUUACAACCACGUUGCACCCGAGGUUGCCCUUGAUGGCCAGUUGCCUUCCAUCAAGUCAGAUGCUUUCCAGGUUGGCCGUGUCUUUGUGAGGAUGGGCAACCGUUUCCAGCUGGAUGCCCUCCGGAACAUCGGAUACGAGUGCUGCGACGUGGAGCCCAAGAAGCGACCAAGCCUCGUUUAUGUUGAAGCCGUUCUUCAAGCCCUCAAGUCAGCAUUGUAG